GAGCGUCCUCUGCGGUCAGCAAAUAAUUUUAUUUCCUUGCUGUUCCAAUUCCUUGGGCUUCAGUUGGUUCACUGCUGCGGCGAGGAGAUUAGCGUGUGUAUGUUUAUAUUUUUAUUUAUUUAUUUUUCGUAGGUACUCAUCAGAGUGCCAUUAUCAUCUGCAGAAGCCAAAAUACCAAACAUUUUAAUGGCGCUGGCUGCAGCCACAGAAGAGGUGGCUGAAACCCCUAGAAUGAAAGUGUAUAAACUAUCUGAACUUAAUACUGACCAAGUUGAAGGUCUUCGAGCUCGCCCUCGUAUCGACUUCACUUCAAUCUUUGAAACGGUUGGCCCUAUUGUGGAGAACAUUCGACGACGUGGAGACGUGGCUGUGAAAGAAUAUACAAGCCGGUUUGAUCAAGUAGAUCUUGAAAGUGUAGUCGUCAACGUUGCAGAUCUACCUGAUCCCGUGCUUGACCCUGAGGUAAAAGCAGCAUUCGACGUAGCUUAUGAGAAUAUCAAGUGUUUCCAUGCUGCCCAGCAGAGGAACCAACAUCUUCAAGUGGAGACUAUGCCGGGCGUAAAUUGCAGGAGAGUCCCUAGGGCUAUCAACAAUGUUGGUCUUUACGUUCCCGGAGGCACUGCAGUCCUUCCAUCGACUACUCUCAUGUUGGCUGUACCUGCACAGAUCGCUGGGUGUAAGACCGUGGUCGUUGCAACUCCUCCAAGGAAAGACGGCUCUAUUUGUCCCGAAGUACUGUACUGUGCUAAGAAGUCAGGUGUGAAGUUCAUUCUGAAAGCUGGUGGAGCUCAGGCGAUUUCAGCAAUGGCUUGGGGUACUGAGACAUGUCCAAAGGUCGAUAAAGUUCUUGGACCUGGAAAUCAGUAUGUUACGGCUGCGAAGAUGUUGUUGCAGAAUAGUGAAGCAAUGGUAGCUAUCGAUAUGCCCGCUGGUCCGUCGGAGGUUCUUGUGAUUGCCGAUAAGCUUGCUUCUCCUGUCCACGUGGCUGCAGAUUUGCUUUCUCAGGCAGAACAUGGGCCAGAUAGUCAGGUGGUUCUUGUAGCAGCAAGUGAUGAAGUAGACAUCGCUGCCAUACAGCACGAGGUGGAGAGACAAUGUAGGGAUUUACCUAGGGACAUAAUCGCUACCAAAGCUCUUUCUCACAGCCACAUUGUUGUUGCGAAGGACAUGGCAGAGGCAUGUGAAUUUUCGAACAUGUAUGCUCCUGAGCACUUGAUUGUUAACGUGGAGGACGCAGAGCAGUGGUUGAACUCUCUAGAUAAUGCAGGAUCCAUAUUUUUGGGAAGAUGGACACCUGAGAGCGUGGGUGACUACGCCAGUGGAACUAACCAUGUGUUGCCAACAUAUGGCUACGCUCGGAUGUAUGGGGGCGUGUCUCUGAACUCUUUUGUUAAAUAUAUUACUGUGCAGUCCUUAACGGCAGACGGUCUGCAAAAGCUAGGGCCGUUUGUCGCUAAAAUGGCUGAAGUUGAGGGUCUAGAGGCACAUAAGAGGGCAGUGACAUUUCGGCUGUGUGAUAUUAAUGCCUCGAGUUAAUAUCGAAUACAUUAAAGAAGCGUUCAAAUCCUGUAGCUGGAAAUUUCACCAAACUAGAUCCUUCCGUAUUCUUCUUAACCGAUGAAGGUGAUCUCUCCUUGUUGAUUUCCGUUGUUAAUUGAAGGAAAACAAUUUUCUUCAGUUAAGUGGUUGUACCAUACAUGCAAUUCCUGGCAGAAAUUUUCUUAAUAGAGAUUUUCUUAACAGAUUGCUCAAAGGUGUUCACUUAACUUAGGCUAGGUUUAAAACGAGGUGCGUUGAGUAAUCAAUUUUUAAUCUUGAGGGGCUUAAAACAAUAGAGCUCCUUUCUAUUGA